GCAAGUUUGGAUUUCAGUGAAAUCCACCGCGCUGGGUCUUUUUUUUUUCAUUUGUGGAAACUGUACAGAGUUACAACCAGUAAAUACAAAUGGAUGUGUUUCUGAUGAUUUUAGCAGUCCUGCUCGUUUCAAAACCAGUUUUAGGGUUUGGAAUGGAUCCCGAGUUACAAAUUGAUAUUAUCAGCGAACUGGACUUGGUGAAUGCAACCGUUGGAGUAACUCAAGUGGCGGGGCUGCAUAACAAUAGCAAAGCGUUUUUGUUUCAAGAUAAAGAGAGAGAAAUCCACGUCUCACCACACGUAGCUGAGAAAGUGCUUCAGCUGUUUAGGAAUAAAAGUGAAUUCACAUUCCUGGCAGCCAUCCAGCAGAAAUCAUCAACAUCGGGGGUUAUAUUCUCCAUCCAUGAGUCAGAACACAGUUAUUUUGAACUGGAGAGCAGCGGGUUACGAGAUGAAAUCAGAUACCACUACCGCUUUCAUGGGAAACCCAGAACAGAAGCAUUCCCUUAUCACUUGGCAGAUGGACAGUGGCAUAAGAUUGCGCUUUCAAUCAGCGCUUCUCAUCUGCUACUCCACGUGGACUGCAAUCGGAUUUAUGAGCGUGUUAUAGAUCCUCCACAAACUGAUUUUAUGCCAGGGAGCUCUCUGUGGCUUGGCCAGCACAACAGAAAACAUGGCCUAUUUAAGGGUACUAUUCAAGAUGUCAAAAUCAUUUUUGUGCCGAAUGGAUAUAUUACACAGUGCCCAAACCUUAAUCGCACCUGUCCAACAUGCAGUGAUUUCUUGAGUCUUGUACAAGGCAUCAUGGAUUUGCAGGAGCUUUUGGCUAAAAUGACUAUAAAAUUGAAUUAUGCAGAGACAAGACUCAGCCAGCUGGAGAGUUGCCACUGUGAAAAAUCAUGCAAGGUGAACGGAGUAGGCUUCAGAGAUGAAGAGUCAUGGGUAGAACCCAAAAACUGCAGAAACUGUGCUUGUAAGAAUGGUGUGGUGGAGUGCAGGAGAAUCCUCUGUCCUCCUGCUAACUGUUCUGCAGGCUCGCUUCCAGUACACGUUGAAGGCAAAUGCUGCAGAGAAUGCAGGCCCAGUUGUAUCUACAUGGGAAAAGUCUUGUCUGAGGGACAGCGAGCCUUAACUAAAAGUUGCAGAGAAUGCAAGAACGGGAUGAUGGUGAAAGUGACAGAGAACUGCCCAGCUGUUAACUGUACAGAAAGUGAACAGAUUCUGCCGGAAAACAGAUGCUGUAAUGUUUGCAGAGGCUAUGAUUUCUGUGCUGAAGGACAUAACUGUGGCGAAAACUCAGUAUGCAAAAACUGGAAUACCAAGGCUGUUUGUGAGUGCAAGAGUGGCUUCUUUUCAACACCUGGAGACUCGGCAUACUGUGAAGAUAUUGAUGAGUGUGCAACAGAGAUGCAUUAUUGCCAUGCUAACACUGUCUGUGUUAACCUCCCUGGAUCUCACCACUGUGAGUGCAUCCCAGGAUAUAUAAGAGUGGAUGACUUCUCCUGCUCAGAACAUGAUGAAUGUGGAAGCGGACGGCACAACUGUGAUGAAAAUGCAAUCUGCACCAAUACCAUCAGAGGACACAGCUGCACCUGCAAGCCAGGAUACGUGGGAAAUGGAACCAUCUGCCUAGCAUUCUGCGAAGAAGGCUGCAGGAGUGGGGGGGCAUGUGUGUCACCGAACAUGUGCCUCUGCCCUUCUGGGUUCACAGGAGGUCACUGUGAAAAAGAUAUUGAUGAAUGUGCUGAAGGGGUCGUUUGGUGCCACAAUCGCUCGCGCUGCGUCAACCUUCCAGGCGGGUACCACUGUGAGUGCCGAAAUGGUUUCCAUGACAACGGCACCUACUCUCUUGAUGGGGGGUCUUGCAUUGAUAUUGACGAAUGCGCUACAAGAACACACACCUGCUGGAAUGACUCUGCUUGCGUUAACUUGGAGGGCAGCUUUGACUGCUUGUGCCCCACCGGACCCUCCUGCUCUGGGGACUGCCCUCACGAAGGAGGGCUCAAACGCAACGGCCAGGUCUGGACUCUGAAGGAAGAUAGAUGCUCUGUGUGCUCUUGCAAGGAUGGGAAGAUUUUCUGUCGGAGAACCGCAUGUGACUGCCUGAACCCCAAUGUUGACCUUUUCUGCUGUCCAGAGUGUGAUUCCAGAGUGACAAGCCAGUGCUUCCAUCAGAGUGGGCACAAGGUGUACCGCAGUGGGGACAACUGGACAUACAGCUGCCAGCACUGCAGGUGUUUGGAGGGGGAAGUGGAUUGCUGGCCUCUUGCCUGCCCCGUUGUGGACUGCGAGUACACGGCUGUCUCCGAGGGAGAAUGCUGUCCUCACUGCGUCAGUGAUCCGUGCCUUGCUGACAACAUUGCAUACGAUAUCAGAAAAACCUGCUUGGAGAACUACGGAAUCACAAGGCUCAGUGGGUCAAUAUGGACAAUGGCUGGAUCGCCCUGCACUACAUGCAAGUGCAAGAAUGGGAGUAUCUGCUGCUCUAUGGAUUUAGAAUGUCUUCAGAAUAACUGAGUCAGCCUCUUUGGUCGUAAACUCACAGACUGAAUGGUCGUCUAUGACAAUUGCCAAAGUCUCCAUAGAGGAAGCUGUCUGGAAAUUCUGCUUCGAAGGACCUGUUGUAAUACCCUGUUCUGUUGUCCUUGAAAGACACUUGAACUUCCAAUUUGAUAGCAGUUGUCAUUCUUAAAUGUCGAAACCAUGCGUGAUUCCAUUCUUUCUCAUUCCAGAUCUGUUAAACGUAUUGUAUUUUUGGGUCACAUAUUUGAAGAGUGAAUUCACGAAGGGGAAAGUUAUUUAGCUCAUGUUGCUAUAAUUAUACAUAAGAAAAAUGCUAGAGAGAGAGGUAGAGAGAGAGGGAGAAUGAAUUUCUACAUUUUAAUAUUACUAUCUCUAUAGUAAUAAAUCACUCUAAAAUACUUGUAACUGUUGUAACUGUCUUUCUGUAUUAAUGAGAGCAGACAAUCAGGCUUCAAAUACAGGAACACACAAGAAGACUUAGUAUGAACAUUUUUCAAAAACAGAACAGAUUUACAGUACUAUACAUUUUAAAUGCGUGCACCACAUUGAAAUGUGUGUUUACUUUUUUUUUUUUUAAAUGGCUGUCUUGUAUAUGUAUUAAAACUAGACAAAACAUAAUUGGUUUUGGUUUCUGACUUGAGGAAUCCAGCAACCUGUACAUUUAUUUUUUUUCAUUACAUUUAAGGAAGAAAAACAUAUUUCUGUACAUUAUAUUAUGGUAGAAACAAAACCUUUCAGUGGUGAAUUUGAAAGCUGACAAAUUAAUUUUAAUUUUCUAAACCUAUUUAAAAAAAGGCUUCUUCCCCUGUUUUCUCUGAUUUCCUUUAAAACGUUCCACCAUUGAAUGGUGAUGAUAAGGAUUUCCAUAACUGUUGUGGUGAUGCCUGACACUUUGUGAGAAAAUGCAUUAUAUUCGGAGGAUUGGUCAUUCUAGAAUAAAGAAUACUUUGCCUGCAAGGUUACAAGAGGAAAAUAAUUAAGGUUUAUUAUUGAGGUAGGCUAGUUAUAAGCCAUUAGUUCAGCAGGUUAAGUCUUAUAUGCGUAUUUCUAUGCUUAUUAAGGAACAAUGUACCACCUUUGUCCAGCCCUUUCCAGUACCCCUAGAGUACACAUCUUUCAUCAGUAGAUAUUACUAUGGCACUCCUCAACCCUUGAUGUUGCUUAUAUUGCGGAUAUUGUAAUAGAUUUUAAUGUGGCAUUCUUGUAUUAUGCAAAUCCAAACCUACAUCUAUGGCCAAAAGUUUUGCAUCACCUAGAACUUUAGUAUU